AAAAAAAAAAAAAAAAGGUUUGCCUUUCAUCUUUUCUUUUCGUCGUUGAGUUGCUUUGGAGGAGGUGUAGAGAGUGCGCGCGUCGCUACUUCGGCUCCUUCGUGGCUGUUCGACUUCGCUCCUUCGACGACUUUCCCUUCCUGUCGGGUCGGAAGUUACGACAUUUUGUUCGGAAGCAACAACGGGAGCUUGCUGGCUGUAAAGGUUCCCCCUUUCGCGCGUUUCUUCGGCGACUGUUGAGCUUCAGCGACACGGGCGCCGCGGUUUGUAAGUAUGACAAUGGAAGAUGAUUCAAUUGAUCAAGCAACUAGCGAGCGCCGGGAGAGGCUCAAGGCUCUGAGAGCGGCUAAGGAGUACGCUAGCAUGCCUGAUGUUGAUGGGGACGCCAAUCAAAAUAAGGGCUCGAAAGCAGAAUUCGUGGCCAUUGACCAUGAAGAGAAGAAAGCCAAAACUUUUGAAGAAGAUUUACCUGAGCAAGCUGCUUCUAGCCGGAGGGAAAGGUUAAUGGCUCUUAGAACGGCAAAAGAACUUCUAAGUAUGCCUGAGGACGGUUCAAACAAUAGUAAUGGCAAAGUUGAAGACACUGAGGAAGCUGAAGAAGAUAAAGCACCCAACAUGAAGUUCCGAAAUUACCUUCCUCAUGACAAACACCUUCAAGAGGGGAAAUUAGCUCCAGUUGAUUUACCAAAGUUCGAAGAUCCUAUUGCCCCUGUUCAACAACCCUCGGAUAAAAUUGAGGAUCCUUUUUUGAACAUUGCCCCAAAGAAACCAAACUGGGAUCUGAGGAGAGACGUGCAGCAGAAGCUUGACAAGCUUGAGAGACGGACUCAGAAAGCAUUAUAUGAGCUAAUGCUUGAGCAAGAAAAGGAGAAAGCAGCCAUGGAACUUGAGAAUGCUGGAAAUGAAGAUUGAUCGUUUGAAUUUUAUUGUGUUCUUCAAUAGGUUUCUCAGUCAGAUAUAAUUAAGAAUUUCAGUUAUCGUGUUGGUAGAGACUGCUGUGUAAUUAGAACUUUGCGAUCUUGCCCUUGUUGUUUCAAGUCUUAGUAAAAUUUGGCAGCUUUCAGUCGUCCACGUGGCUUGAUUUUUCUUUAUCAUUGAUGAAGAUUAUCACUUAAAAUACUUAA